UUGGGUAUGGUGCGUAUAUAAAAAGAAGAAACCCUAAAGAUUUUCGAUUAUACCGUUUUUGCUUUUAAUUAGUGUUGAUCGAUUAAAACGUGUUAAUUUAUAAAAUGGAAACACCAAAAAAUAGAAACAAAAUGGAAUGUUUAGAAGUUUGGGUCCAUACAUUACUAUUUGCCCAUCACUCCUUCGCCUCAAUUUAUUUAAACACCCAAAUUGAUUUAUCCAAAUCAAAAUACGUCCAAGUUACCGAUAUGCAAAACUAUAAAUAUCGAUACUUUACCUGUUGGAACUUUGUUCUCCAAACUCUUUAUUUGGGAAUGGUGUGUUUAUAUCAUCUAUUGAAAAUCUUUCCACAAACAAAAUCAUUAAUAAAAACUCAAAAAGUAAUCUCAAAUAUUCGAAGUUUCGUUUUUACUUCUUGGGUAUUUCCAACUGGAAUGUUAGUGGCUUCUAUUUUUUGGACAGUUUGGUAUAUUAAUAGGGAAUUAGUAUUACCAAGCGCAGCUGAUGAAUUAUUUCCAUCGUGGAUAAAUCAUUGCAUUCAUACCAACAUCUUGUUCGUUUUGUUAGCAGAAAUUUUCUUCUGCAAAAAGUUGCCUUCAUUUAAGGAUGCAGUAAAAGGGGCUUUAAUUUUUUGCUUAGCAUACAACGUUAACUUCUUUUUUACAUAUUAUCAAACAAGCAGAUGGCUUUAUGGAAUGUUUGCGGUUCUUUCUUGGCCAGAAAGGUUGAUAUUUAUGGCCUUUAACUUUUUACUAUCGGUUAUAUUAAUUCGAAUAAGCAUGGUUAUACAAAGAAACAUUCACCAGAAAAAAUUAUCUGAAAGUGGUAAUCAUAAGUUGAUAUCUAAAAAGUUAUUGUAAAUAUUGUUUUUAGUAGUAGCUAUUUUUAAGUACUUUUGGUGAUAUUCAGAUUAAGUAAUUAAAUUAUUAUUUUAUACAGUG